GCGCACGCUCCACGGUCUGUUCUCGUCAUCCGUCAGAUCAACUCCUCGAGAGAAGGGAGAUUGAAAGGGCUGCCGCGAGCCAGCCAGUAACGGAGACCGGAGAAGGCACUGACCCAUUCCGCUUUCCUGCCUUGUCCAAUAACAAGUGAUUUUUGGGGAAUGGAUAUAUUGUUUUGUCAAUUUCGAGAGCUAAAAGCUCGGAAUGGCAAAGGUAAACGGUCUUCCAUAACGGAUAUUCAUCUAUUUGUGCCACAUAACAUUCAGACGACAGCGAGAAAGUUAUAGCUUUCUCUUUUCAACCGAAUUGCUUGAAUAAAGACUAGGCUACAGUGGGCUAGAAUUAAAAAGCUCAGGUGUCCAUAAAGAGCCGAGUUUACAGCGUGCGACACCGGCAAAACAGAAGCGCCUGCAGUGUGUUUAUGGAUAGAUAGGGCAUCUUGAAUAGAUUCUUCCAGAUGAUUUAACUUCGUCUACAUCGGAAUAUCUGCGGGUGUGUUUUCAACUCUGCCUGUCAACACUGUUCAUUUCAGACCAGAGGAAAUGUAACAGUGAUUCGCGAGGGACGACGAAAUCACCAACGAUCAAAGGAUUCAUCCAAAACGGUUCAAAAAUCAAACUGGCAGUUUUAUUGCGGAGUACCAGACGAGAAACCUACAUUCUCCCGGAGACGUCCAAGCAGGAUGGAACUCAAACUGGGAUACUAGACCGGUAGAACAAUCGCCGUCAUGUUUGGAAGAGGUUGUGGUGGUGUAGGUGUCCUCCUUGUCCUAUGUGGGUGGUUGGAGCUCUCCUCUCCCUGUCCCAGAGACUGUAUCUGCUACACCUCUCCCAGCACUGUGUCCUGUCAGGCCCAUAACUUUCUGUCUGUCCCAGAGGAGAUCCCAGCCCAGAGCGAGAGGGUCUUCCUGCAGAACAACAAGAUCCAGCGUCUCCUGCGAGGCCACUUCAGCCCCACCACGGCCAUGCUGUGGCUUUACUCCAACAACAUCUCCUAUAUCCAGGCCUCCACCUUUCACGGCUUUGCCCGCCUGGAGGAGCUGGACCUGGGGGACAACCGUCACCUGAGGGCCCUGGCUUCAGAUACCUUCCAGGGGCUAGGCCGGUUACACGCCCUGCACCUCUACCACUGUGGUCUUCUCAGCCUGCCAUCUGGGAUAUUCGAGGGGCUCAGCAGCCUGCAGUACCUCUAUCUACAGGACAACCAGUUGGAGUUCCUGGAGGAUGAUCUGUUUGUUGACCUGCUGAACCUCAGCCACCUCUUCCUCCAUGGCAACAGGCUAUGGUCUCUCCACCAGAACACCUUCAGGGGUCUGGGGGUGCUGGACCGUCUCUUGCUGCACCAGAACCGUCUGCAGUGGGUCCACCGUCUGGCCUUCCACGACCUGCAUCGCCUCACCACCCUCUACCUGUUCAACAACUCUCUGACUGAGCUGUCUGGGGCCUGCCUGGCUCUGUUGCCUGCUCUAGAGUACCUCAGACUCAACGACAACCUUUGGGAGUGUGACUGCAAGGCCCUGCCGCUGUGGGAUUGGCUGCGAAGGUUCCGGGGCUCCACGUCGUCUCUGGGUUGCGUCUCUCCUCCAGAGCUUCAGGGCCGGGACCUGAAGGAGCUGAGGAAAGACGAACUACCCAGCUGUUCAGCAGGAGAAGAAACCCAGGGAAGAGGUGUCAUAGGCGGGGAGGCCGAGCUGGGGGAGUCCCUGAAGAAAGAGGAGGACCAUCGACUCCAUCACAGGAACCACAGGCACCGCCAUAACCACCACCAGCACCCACACCUCCCACACGGGGAUCAGCACAACGGGGACCUGUCCCCCUCGCCCCUACCCCUGCCCAGGCCGCCCAAGGGGAGCCGCAGGAACUGUACCCGCAACAGGGGGCGUAAGGGAAAGGGAGGGGUUCAGGGGGGCUUGAAUGAGGUGCAGACACUGAGAGAGGGGGAGGAGAAGGACAACGCCCCUGGAGGGGGUAAACAUGACCCGUCUGCCCCCACUCGCAGGAGGAACAAGUGUGUCCCUAGGACUUCAGUUGGACCGCCCAGCGGGGUCAAGAGAGCCAAUAGUAAUGCAGCGUCCCACUCCGCUGGGACUUUUGUCUGUGUCCUAUUGGCUGGGCUGCUGUCACUCACUGCUGUGAUCCUCCUCUGAGACUGAAAGGAGGGUGUUUUAUAUCAACCCCUACAAUACAGUACACACUCCUCUGAAUGUCAGACCCACUCUGGCUCCUGCACUGAGGUGCGUGUGUGUGUGUGUGUGUGUGUGUGUGUGUGUGUGUGUGUGUGUGUGUGUGUGUGUGUGUGUGUGUGUGUGUGUGUGUGUGUGUGUGUGUUUAAAUGUACUCUGUGUACCUGUAACAUAUGGCAGGGAAGUUCUUUGGGAGUCAUAACUGAAACGUAACAGGUUAUCUGUCACUAUGAUGUCAUAAGGGGGAGUAACAGUCUGUCACAUCCAGAGUUCUGAUUGUGUGGUUGAUCAAAUGAACUGAUGAUUUAAGAAAACACCUACUGCUACAGCCAUAUCACCUGAAAGGAUACCUCAGCACAGACAUAUGAUAAGAUGACCCUGACACAGGUUGUUGCCAAACUGUAAAAACAUCCUUAAAAACACAAAUCCACUGGCUUCUGUAAUCCUGUGUUUGUAACCCAUGUAAGUACAGUGUGGUUUGUGUGAACAGUCUCCAUGUCUGUCUUCCCACUUUAAAACAAGCCAGAAAGAGGAGAGUGAGAAUGAUGGAAGGAGUAUAUGGAACCCUAGCUGUCCAAUGAAGGGUUGAGAGAGUGGAAAAACUUCUGCUUUAGAUGCAGUCCUCACUCUGGAGAUUUCUGAACUAAAUGAUGGACCUGAAAGACUGAAAAUGAAACACUCUGAUUCUACUGAACUGCUGCUAUGUCUGAGGAGAGAGAGCUUUGGAACUCCCCUUGUCAUUCUGGAACCUUCAAUGUUCUGAAACCUUCAUGGUUCUGGAACCUUUUUCAAUGUUCUGAAACCUUCAUGGUUCUGGAGUCUUCUUCAGGAUUUGGAACACACAAAAACAUGUAAUGGAGAGGUGAUACAGGGACAGAGGUGACUUGAGGACUGGAGAGGUAAUAACACCUUCCCAGCCGAGCACAGUCCUACACUCGGGGCUCCAUUCAAUCCGUCCAGCUGAAAUUCAGCGCUAUAUUUCGAUUUAAGUUUAAAGGCAAUGUUAAUGCAUUUAUGGAGACUGCAUUCAUGGUAAACACUGCAUAUGUUGUCUCAAUCAGAAAUGUCUUUACAUUUCAAGCGUGCUAUAGCGCUGAACUUCAGCGAUACAGAUUGAAUUGAGACAUCACCUACAGUACCUAGCUGUCCCCACACUGACUGACCUCCCCUGUAGUAGUGUACCACAACCCUGGUCCUGGGAGAUACAACCCUUGUCCUGGAGAGCUACAACCCUGGUCCUGGGGAGAUACAACCCUGGUCCUGGGGAGAUACAACCCUGGUCCUGGAGAGCUACAACCCUGAUCCUGGGGAGAUACAACCCUGGUCCUGGGGAGAUACAACCCUGAUCCUGGGGAGAUACAACUCUGGUCCUGGGGAGAUACAACCCUGGUCCAGGGAGAUACAACUCUGGUCCUGGGGAGAUACAACCCUGAUCCUGGGGAGAUACAACCCUGGUCCUGGGGAGAUACAACCCUGGUCCUGGGGAGAUACAACCCUGGUCCUGGGGAGAUACAAAUGGUAUAGGUCUUUGUUCUAGCCCAGCACAAACAAACCUAAUUAAACUAAUCCUGUAUUUCUCAAUCUAUUCCUGAGGGACUAACAGGGAGUGCCUGGAAUGAAACUGUACACCCCCUGCUGAGAGUCUGAGACUUGGGUUGGUGGCGGCUGCAGGAGAUAUAUUUGUACAGCUGUGAAACCUUGAGAUGAUGCUGUAAAAUGUGUCCUUUCGUUCAAGUGAGGUUGAAUUUUGUAACCACAUAGAAACUGGCACAGUCAUGUCUGUCUGUCUGUCUGUCUGUCUGUCUGUCUGUCUGUCUGUCUGUCUGUCUGUCUGUCUGUCUGU